CAACAGCCCCCAUUCUCACUCUCUCACAGUCUCACUUCAGUUCAUCACCAUAACAUGGCUUUGGCUAUGGCUGUUCCCCAAUCCAAAUCCUUCUUCUUUUUCUGCAUCUUGGUAUUGACCCACCUCUCACUUCCCUUCUCCAUCUCAGUGCUUGACCAAAAUGAUGGCCGUAUUUCUAUGAGCCUGCAGGUACCAGCACCUGCUCCUCACCACCACCACCACCACCACCAUCCACCGGCAGCCGCCGCUCCCAAAUCACCACCUGCAGUCAAACAACCUCCUCACGCCCCCGCUCCUAGCCCCAACCACCCGACCACCGCAUCUCCCACUCACCCACACUCCCCAGUUCCGGCCUCUACUCAUGUCAAAGGCCACCACCACCACCACCACCAUGGAACCGCCGCGCCACCAACGGCAGCCACCCCACCCAAAUCCCCAACACCGCCUGCAAAUAGACCUGCCACUCAUCAUUCCCACUCCCCAUCACCUGCUCCCAUUAGUGGUCACCACCACCUCCACCACCAUCCUGCCACCGCACCACCACCACACCCUGCCACUCCUAAAUCAUCACCUCCUGCAGCAAAACCCCCCACUGCUGCGCCCCCCAAGCCACACCUCCUCCACCACCCCCUACCACCAGUCAAGGCACCGUUGCCAUCUCCAUCAGCACAAAAGAAAUCCAUAGCUAUCUGUGGAUCUGUACGCUGCAAGUCUUGCAACAUCUCCACACCAUAUUACCAUCCUAUUGAGGGGGCUGUGGUGAAAAUUGCCUGCAACAACACAAGGUAUCACUUGGAAGAGAGUGUACACACAGACAGGAAUGGGUCUUUCUUCUUAACUCCUAAGAUUGUCACCUCUGCUGGCAGGGAUGGAUUUAGGGGGGCGCGGGGGGCGACCGCCCCCCUUGGACUUUCAAAAUUUUCUACCAUAUAUGUAAUAUUUUUCAUAAAACUUUCAUAAUUUAAUUAGAUUCGUCCCCCUUAGCUUUUAAUUUUCAAAAGUAAUAUAUAGUGUUACAUAAUGUAAUACUUAAUUGAAGAUUUAAAAGAAGGAACAUCUAAAAUAAUUACAUAACUUAAACAAAUAAACAAUAGAAUAACUCGUUGUUUAAGAUUUAGGAUACUUAUUAUAUAAGAAUUCCUAGUUUUGUAAUGUUUAAUUAUUUUUAUUAGAUAACAAGUACUUAAUUUUGUAAAAUAUAUAUCAAACAAUAUUAAAUAUCAGACACACUAAUUACACAGUUUUUAGAUCACGUGAAAUGAACCCAAAAUAUAAAUGUUUAUUGACAUUAAAUUACAUAAUUCAUUUACUUCUUGCUUUCUAAAAAUAAUUUAUUGCAUAGAUAAUAAACUUUAAAUUAUUAUAGCAUUAAUACAAAUAUUAAAAUAUAAUAUUCACAAUAUAUGUGUGUGUGUAUGUGGUGCAUACUAUUCUAAAAAUAAUAAUAUCAUACAUACUACUAUUGUAAUAUUAAGAAAACUUCUCAUGAGUCAUGACUCACGAACACCCUCCUUCGUGGCCGGACAAAAAUUACAAUUCAAUAAUAACCGAUUCACGAGGUUAAACAAUGUAGAAGUUAUUAAAAAUGUAUUGGUUGAUGUCUUUGUCAUUGUCUAAAUUAAACUUAGAAUGUAAAACUUAAUAGAUUUAAAUUUCGUUGGGGGUGUGUAUGUAUCAAUGUCAUUUUUUGAAUAAAAUUAGCCGCAUAGCCCUACAGUAGCGGAAAAAAUUCGCCCCGCUACACUAGGGGAAAAAAUUUCGCCCCACUACACUAACGAAUUUUUUUUCACCCCUACACUACCAAAAAAUUUCGUCCCCCUUGAAUAGAAAUCCUGGAUCCGUCCCUGUCUGCUGGUUGGCAUAAGUGCAAGGUUUUCCUGGUCUCUUCAGGCAAUCCUCACUGCAAUGUCACCACAAAUUUGAAUCUUGGCCAUGUUGGAGCCCCUUUGAACUUCCACCCACCUUCUGUGAACAAAACGCUGCCGUAUCCAGUUUUCACUGUUGGGCCAUUCCAAUUUGUACCCGGCAAGGAGCACAAAUGCUCCCCUUGAUGGAAGAAGCUUUAGUUUAUUCACUGUUAAUCCCAGUGCUGUUUGUGGAAGAAAGGGGAAGAUGAGAACAAGUUGUGGCUCAAGGGUUCAUUAGACAUUAGCAUUUAUGCAUUGAGAUUUGAUUACGGAGUAUUUAGAAUUAGUUUUAUUGCACUCUAUCCACGAGUGUCUGUCGUUUUUCUCUUGAAUGCAUUGAAAGGUUUCAUCUAUUUUUAGUUAAUUCACUGUUAAUUCCAGUUCUGUUUGAGAAGAAGUUGUGGUUCAAGGGUUCAUUAGACAUUAGCA